GAGUGUAACGAUUCUUCGGAGCUCAUACAAGAGUAGAGCGCCUAUUGCUGGCAACAAGAGAGCUCUCUCACUUCAAUUCUGUCUUCACCGCUCGACAUCAUGGAACCCAUCGCAACAUCAGCUCAGCCUUGCGCAGCACUCCAACCUCGAACACCACCAGCAUCCCUCCUCACUCUCCCUCGUGAGCUGCGCGAUAUCAUCCUCGACUUUCUAAUCCUCAAACCGAAAAACACAAUAACCAUGCUCCCCAACUUCAACUGCCACACCAACGAAGUUUCCGCCCGGGCACCAGCCAUCUGCGCCGUCAGUAAACAACUCCGUUCCGAGGCUCUCCCCGCCUUUUAUGCCAACAACACCUUUCUCGCACAACUCGACAACGACGAAGACCUGGAAACAGCAAAACACUGGCUCUCAGCAAUCGGCGAUGAGAAUAUAGCUCAUCUG